CUGGCCUCUUAGGAUGCAUGGAUAAUUGAAACAGCAUACCUCCGCAUAUAGGAAGGGCCCACUGUAUUAUUAUUGAUUGUGUAACACUGUUUUCAGGGAUUGUGAUUGCUAUCAUGAAGGCCAGACUGGUUAAAAGGCAAAGUAUCAAAUGAAACAGUCUUCAGAAUUAUCUCUGCUGCACCAAUUGGAUGAUGAAGCGCUGGUGUGAAAACACCAUCUUCUGUCUCCCCACCAUGUCUCUGAGGUUGUCAGAAAGGUUUAGUUCUUGGGAGGGCUGGACUGGGUGGCCCUUGGUCUCUUUUCCACUUCUAUGAUUCUACUCUUAUGGUCAGUUUCCUCUACUCAAGCUCUCUUGGCUUUUUCUGGACUUCAGUUUAGAAAACAUUCAGGGGUAGCUGUGUUAGCCAUUUAACACAUACAAACAAAAAUCCAUCAGUGAUAUUUUUAUUGGUCAACUGAAAUGUACAGUAUAGUUGUUGCAAGCUUUUGAAGCUCUAUGGGCUUGUUCAUCAUGCAAGAUGUUACAAACCAAACAGGAGGGAAAAAAAACAAUUGAAGAUGUUAGUCAGAUGCAUCAGGAUUUAGGAAAACUGUUUCUGGGGGUGGGGGAAAUACAACUGCCAGAGUCCUCCAGCUAGUGAGGCCAGUACUGAUUCUGCUGGAGGGACUGCAUGAAUUGUAGCAAUAAGAUGUCACUUGGGCCAGCUUUGUCCCUGACAGGUCUUUGUCCUGUAACACCUACCUUCCUUCAUGGAUAAUGCCUUGUAGCACUGGACCAUUUCUUUUUGUUUUUUAUAAAUGCAAUGACACACAUUAAAAAGACUGUCACAUUUUAGGGAGAAACAUUCUAGGAAUUCAACAUAGGAAAGUGAAGGCAACAAACAGGCAGAAGAAAGCAGGAGCUGUGUGAGUGAAGGAACUUGGACAGAAGACCUCUGAGACAAAAUCAAUGUUAAAAAUUAACUUUCACUUUACCCAAUAUAUUGUGAAAGCCUCUAAUCUCUAGGGAACAGAUAACUGUUUAUCUAUAAUGAGACGGCUUUCAGUUUCUUUAUUUCUGCAACUACAUAUGCAACAGAAAUCUCUCCUCCCUGCUUUGAGACAACUGGAACUGGUGUGUGGUGAAAGCCUAUCAGAAAGAUCUAGCCUGAUUCAAAUCUACUUUCCUUACCUAUCAAACUGAAGAACAAGUAUGCUCUACAUAUAUGCCAAAAGAUCCCUGAAGGCUUGAAGUAGGCUCAGACUGAGAAGAGAGAGAGAUUAGAUAUUUGUUAAAAUGCCUUUGAAAAACUGCCAAGUUUAUAAAGAAGAGUUGGAGUAUGACAAAUUCUUGGGAAUCUCAGAGGGUCUGGUGGAUGAAUUAAAUAAUGAUAAAGUUGGAGAUGGUGAUUAUUACAUGGAAAUGGUGAAGGACAACAAUGAACUUGAGAGAUUCUACUUGGCCUGCUUUAUGAAAGAAUUUCCUGCUCAGAGAGAAAAGAUUGAAAAGUCCAUCCAAUGCCUUCGAGAAAUUGCAGAUGACAUUGACAAGACCCACAAGAAGUGUACCAUCGCCAGCAUUGCUACCAACUUUACAGGUGCCUCUUCUGGCAUUAUGAACAUCGUGGGACUGACUUUGGCUCCCUUCACGGCAGGUGGGAGCUUAAUCCUGACAGCCACUGGGUUUGGUUUAGGGGCGGUUGCCGCAGUCACUGGCAUGUCCACUGUUAUAUAUGAACAUGGUAAUAAUUCAAAGGAAAAAAAAAGAGCACAAGAGCUAAUAAGCGAAUGCCAAAAAUGCCUAAGAAAUGUCUUGCCUACCAGUGGGAUAGAUUUCAGUUCUCAAUGCCCACUGAAUAAUGGAGCUGUUGGGGAAAACGUCAAGCAACUUGUUUCCAACGUUGCCAGUCAAGUUCCCAAAAUGUACAGGGCUGCAAAAGGAAUCAAGUCUAAUGUAAAGGCACUGAAGCUUGCUCGAAACAAUCCUGGCUUGAAGGCUUUAGCCAAGCGAGCAACAGCUGUAGGAAGCACAUCCCAGCGUACAAUCAGGGGGGUCAAAAAUGUGGAAAAGGCCUUUGGAGGAACUGCACUUGCAAUGACCAGAGGAGCCAGAAUGCUAAGCGCUGCCACAGCUGGGGUGUUUCUCCUGUUUGAUGCAUAUGGCAUUGCCCAAGAUGCUAAACAUCUCACACAGGGAGCCAAGGCCGAAACAGCAGCAGAGAUAAGAGAGGAAGCCUAUAAUCUGGAAAAGCAACUGUACAAUCUCAACAGGAUGUAUGAGGAACUCAAAGACAUGAUCUUUGCACUAGUGGUCUUUUCAAGAGGAAAUUCAAACCCUGGUCUCCAGAGUUGUAGUCCAAUGCUCAAACCACUGCACCAUGCUGGCUGCCUGUUUUAUGUACCUAAGAGCAGCACCUAAGAGUUUUUCCAGAUCAAACAGUACAGAGACUUCUUUAAAAGUUCAGAGUUCUCUGACAAGACAAAGAGACUCAAUCUCAAUGAAAGUUAUUCUGCUGCUAAUGGAUUUGAAAUUGUAUUGCCUGUCUUUUACUGUCUUUUGUCACUGGUUCCCACAUGUCCAAGACAGGGAGUGGCCUCUGUCUGCACUGAUAUCUCUCUAGAGCAGUGGUUCUCAACAUUCCUAAUGCCUUUAAUGCAGUUUCUCAUGUUGUGGUGACCCCCAACCAUAAAAUUAUGGUGUCUCGGUUCCUAAGACCAUCGGAAAUAUGUGUUUUCCAAUGGUCUUAGGUGACUCCUGUGAAGGGGUCGUUCAACCCACAAGUUGAGAACUGCUGCUGUAGACCAUCUUAACUAACAGCAGAAGUAACAUCUGAGACAAAAUGUAGGUCAGUGACUCUAAUCAUCACUGUUCUUUUGUAUGAUUUUUAACAUCUUUGCCCAAUGAAACAGCCAGUGAAGUUUUGAAAGCUUGCAUGAUGUUCUUUUUAGUGAUUAUAAACAUUUCCUUGGAAACUUUGUUGCAGACCAAAAGAUGGGAUUACAAGUGUUUUUAUACUUUAAAAAUAUUUUUAACAAAGGGCAUGAACAGACAGGCCAAAUAAAGCAGCUUCGGGCCACUUUAGAGGUGUGCUGCUUAAAUGAUGCACAUGUCCCAAAAGACCAGAAGCUGUGCCGAAGCUUCGCUCCAGUCCUUGGGACCGGAGUGCAGCUUUGGCGCAGCUUCCAGCCUUUUCUUUCGGCCUGUGUUUGGGCCCAAACUAUUAAAAUGUGGGUUGUUAUUGUUAGGCUAAAGAAAGACCACAGUAAAAGUUAUACAUCAUCUUCAGAAUGCCUGUGCCAAAAAUACUGUUGAAUAUUCCUGUAUUAAAAUCUUAAAUACUGUUGUACUAUUUUAAUGAUAAUGCUAUCUGCAUCUCAGAGAAGAAAAAGUUCAACAGCACUUUCAACUCCCCCAGGAAACAUUGCAAUCAAAUUACGGUAUUGUUCAGUACAAGCUUCUUCAACUCUCCACAAUGAUUUACUCUCCUUCUCCUUCCCCUUACAAAUUCCUCAGAUCUUCCUCUUCCUAAUGCAAAGUUUCAUAGCCAGCCCUAACAUUAAGUAGAGGGAGGAGAUGUAGGUGGGCUGCAGGUGUCAUGAAACAUCAGCCCUUUUUUAUUUACUUUGCUGUCAUCUUUCUACUGCUGUGGAGAGAUAAAUACACACCAGAUUUUUCUGCUUCAAAUGCCAGAUUAACUUGGCUGGCUUUGGAUACUAUCCAAACUCUGAAGAGUAGAUCAGUAUCACAGGUGAAGUUCCAUCCCAUCAGUCACCAGUUGGUGACAUGCAGUUGUGCACCCACCCUAUGUGAUUAUAGCACUGAAGUUGAGUUUAACUGCCAUGGAAACAUCAUAAGGAAUCCUGGGGUUUGUAGACUGGUGAAGCACUAGAGGAGCCUCUGGUUGAGAAUUCUAAAUAUCCCUCCCAAAACUGCAAGACCUAGGAUUUAGUAGGCAUUUAAAAUGGCACCAUAGUAUAGGUUGAGUUUCCCUUAUCAAAAAUAUUUGGGGACCCAAUAUAUGAUUUUGUAAUACCUACAUUUUCAAAUACAAACAUAAUGAGAUAUCUUUGUGAUGGGACCCAAGUCUAAACACAAAAUUCAUUUGUAUUUCGUAUACACCUUAAACACAUAGCAUGAAAGUAAUUUUAUGCAAUAUUUUUAAUAACUUUGUGCAUAAAACAAAGUUUGUGUACACCGGGACCAUCAAAAAACAAAGGUGCCACUGCCUUAGCCACCCAUGAAAAACUUUGAAGUGUUAGGAAGACAACGUGCUCUCUCGAUCCCUGUCCCUCUUGGCUAGCAGCUCAGGGGGGGACGGUCGUAACUACCAUGUUACACCACAUCUUUUAGGGAAGGGCGAUUUCCAUCCAGCUUGAAAUUGGCCACUGUAAAACUGCUGCUAAAAAAACCCUCCCUAAACCCCCUGAUUCGAAGCAAUUAUUGGCCUGUUUCGCUACUACCUUUCUUGGGGAAGAUGAUCGAGAGGGCAGUUGCCUUCCAACUUCAAUCGUUCUUGGGUGAUACGGAUUUUCUAGACCCAUUUCAAACUGGCUUCUGGGCG